AUGACGCGAUACGGUGCUGUACAACACGGAACCCACGCCUCAGGCGGCCCAUCACAACUCGGACAGCAGCUGCGAAGGGAGGGUAACUCCAUGCGCUUUAAUGACAUCGGUGCGAGAUUCACCAGAAGUGGGUCAAACGGCGGUUCUUACGGCGGAGGGUCCGGAUAUGGCUCUUCUGUGUCGCAUAAUCCCCCAAGUUUACGUAGGCAAAGCAGUGGGCUUCUAUCACGCGACAACUCACUUUGUGGUCACCUAUCCGCUGAAGAUGUUGGGUAUGGUACUCUUUAUCGUCCCAGAAGCUUCUCAAGGGGUUCGCGGUACGGUAUGCGCUCAUCGUCCCAACAAGGAAGCCUUCGUUCUCACAGUGGCGCCGGUGGAGGAGGAAGUUUUGUCAAGAGAAGUAGCUUUCGAAGUAGCCCGAGUCGCUACCCUUGUGGUUCGUUUCACUGGACUCCUGAUGGUCCCGCGUCAGCAUCGAACAGUGGUGGUAGUUUUUACGGUACGCGUCGCAGGACCUCUGGCGCAGGCGUUUCCAGUGUCCCUAACCCUGCCCGUUGCGUAUACGAUAUGGGGGGAGCAGUCAGUCGCCGUGGCUCCUUAUUGGCCGGUCAGAGUGGCACAACGCCGAGAGAAGGAGCCUGUUAUGGAAUCAAUCGGAAGAACAGUAUGCGGUUAUCGCGUACUAAUUCUUGUAUGAACGGCUUCUACAGUUAUGGCGCCAACGCGUUGGCCUCAAGACGGGAAAUGGGUGGGUAUGGCAGCCUUCCUCGGAGCCGCCUGGCGGGGAGGCCUACAGCUCCACCUAAUUGGCCAGGUGUCCCAACAAACGUUUCACGCAACCUGAACCCAAUGGGUACAAGACAACCGCAACGUCCGUUAAAUGAACCCAUCGUACCAGACGAUGCUGAAAAGGAUGUUCCUGGUCAACUGGUACGGUGUAACAGUGAAAAGAAAAUCGGUAUCUAUUUCAAGGACGUACAACCGACGGAGGAGGGGGAGUACAAACAAGGCGACGCGGCGAGUGGACGGAAGUCAAAGGCCUCCAUGUCGUCGUCUGCCGUAACGAAUAUUCGCACCAUUGUACUUCUUGAAGGGGAAGCUGAGGAUUCAAUUCAUGUUGAUGGGACGACCAUGACGUUACUUAAGCCGAACAGUGAUGAACCGGUAAGGUUUGAAACCAAGGAAAUUGUUUAUUACGACCCAAACGAUUCUAACAUCUACAUGGACUCUACAGAAGAGCUCUGUGACACAUUCCUCUUGGGUUGUAAUAUCAGCCUCGUGAUGGCCGACGCUCAGUGCCCUGCACAGCAACCUACGCAAUGGCAUUCAUGGAAUGUUCUCAGGCGGUUGAUGAGAGAUGUAUUUGCGCGAAUGCCCGACCGCGCGGAGUUGAGGUUAUCAAUUUCAUUGAUGGACGAUGAUAAAGUGAUGGAUUUACUAGUGCCCGAUCCGCAGUUUGUUAACCUCACCGUCUCCUACUCUCCGUUGUUCGGAAACGUACCCCAUGGAAUGACAUUUGAGGUACUGGACAGUGCGUCGGAGUUUGGAGGCCUCUUAAAAGUGGCACUCUCAAGGGCUGUUGGUCAAGACAGUGGCGAGUUUGGAAUAAUUCUUGUGGUGGCAAUAUUAAAACAAGUUCGUAAAAACCCCUCAAAUCCCAAAGAUGAAGAAGAUGUUAUCCUAUCCUCUUUGUUUGCUACGGGGGUGGGUGACGGUGUCGUCCACUACAGUCGUAUCCUUGACAAAAACCCUGCCGAACCACGUGCCAUGUUCCAGUUUGCUGUGGGUGGUCCAUCCCAAACGGCUGCUGUCGUCUCCAUGGCGGACGAUCCCAAAAACUUAGUGAAAAAUCACCAGUUCAUGACUACUCUUCAACGACUUGGGAAAAUUGAAAAUUACACUCUGCGUUUAGGUUCGGUUCGUCGGUUUGUUUCCUACACGAAGGAGUCGCUGCCGAAGACGCGGAUCCACCUCCAGAACCUGCCGGAAGGACCGGAGAAAGAGGCUCUUAAGCGGUCAGUGACGCGGUACGAGAAGAUGUUGGCUGACGCUGAGGCCAUGCUUGAGUCACCGGACUGCGCAGCUCCGAAGACAUAUGUGCGUUAA